ACGAUAACAACUGCAAUCGCCGAAGAAAAGUGCCAACAAUGAGACCACGUUCAUGGACGUUGGAAGAGAAGCACCGUGGAAAGAACGAUAUCCCCAACGAACACCCAUUGCAGCAGUUUGAGUCGGUAGUGAUUUGAUGCCAUGGAAAGUUGAUAAAAUCAAGAUACAUGCGCCAACUUUAGACCGCUCGAGGAAAUCCCAAGUAAAUGAAGCACCUUUUCUGACAAAAAUUCUUCCUUUGACCAUUCUGCUGCUUUGGUACCACCUAGUUUAUCUCUCUCUUUUUUCCUUAAAAAUGAGAAUUAUUAAAAGCCUACUUGAAAUACAGUUGAUGCUCGCCUCGCGUUUCGUAUAACCUCAACAGUCGUGUUGUCUGUAAAAUCGAUGGAAGAUUUAAAAUCCUCCAUCGUCUUCUUCUCAUUCUUGCCCGUCUCAACACCCAGUUGACAAAGCUCCGGACUUUGUCACGCCAAGCACUCAUCCGAUGAUUCCGAGAUACUGGUCGCGCUCUUUUCUGGAUACCAUGGUGGGCUCGACCUUUCGAUGGACACUGUAUUAUCUCCGCAAGGGUCAGCUUCCAGAUGCGCGGAACAUGCUCGAGAGAAUGCCCGACAGAGGACCUCAUGGCCGAGUUGGGCACUGGACUUCGCUGCUAUCGAGAUUUUCUAGAUUUGGUUUCAUUGAUGAAGCUAAAUCUCUCUUUGAUAUCAUGCCGCAGAAAAACCAAGUGACCUAUAAUGCGAUGUUGUCUGGGCUCGUUCAAAGUGGGAGAAUUAGUGAGGCUUGUAGCUUUUUUGAGCGAAUGCCGGAGAGGAAUGUCGUGUCAUGGACUUCAAUGCUUUGUGGGUAUGCAAAUGCGGGGAGAAUUGAUGAGGCGAAGAGGUUGUUCAGUGAUAUGCCGGAGAGAAAUGUUGUCUCUUGGAACGCCAUGGUUGUUGGGUUGAUUAGGAAUGGCAAUUUGGAAGAAGCGAAGUGGAUUUUUGACGCAAUACCCGUAAGGAAUGUAAUUUCUUGGAAUGCUAUGAUUUCAGGGUACACUGAGAAUUUCAGGAUGGAAGAAGCUAGGGUUUUGUUUGAACAAAUGGAGGAAAGGAAUGUCGUUACUUGGACCAUUAUGGUAACUGGUUAUUGUAGAAUUGGAAAUGUAGAAGAAGCUCAUACUUUAUUCAAGAAAAUUCCCGAGCAGAAUGUUGUUUCUUGGACUGCCAUGAUUGGAGGGUAUGCCUGGAAUGGCUUCUACAGAGAGUCUCUGUCUAUUUUUCUUGAAACAAAGAAGAAUUUCAAUCUCGAACCAAACAAGGAAACUUUCAUCUCACUCGCAUAUGCCUGUGCUGGGGCUGGAUUUAGUCGCCUUGGCAAGCAGCUACAUGCAAACUUGAUAAUCAGAGGAAUGGAGUCUGAUGAUGAUGAUGGGAGGCUGAGCCAAAGUUUGAUACACAUGUACACUGUUCGGAGUAAUGGACUUUGCUCAUCACAUUUUUGUCAGAAACAUAGGAGCUGCUCCGCCCAGUUGUGUAAUUUGAUGAUUAACGGAUAUAUUCGGAGUGGACAGCUGGAAAAAGCUAAAAUUUUCUUUGUCACCGCACCAAUGUGUGAUAGGAUCUCAUGGACAUCCAUGAUCGAUGGUUAUUUGAGUGUUGGACAAGUUUCUGAAGCACGUGAACUCUUUGACGUCAUGCCUGAUAGGGAUAGUGUGGCAUGGACAGCAAUAAUAUCAGGUUAUGUCCAUAACGAGCUGAUCCCUGAGGCUAUUGAGUUGUUCUCCGAAAUGCGGACUCAGGGGUUUCGUCCUCUUAAUCUUACAUACGCAACUCUUAUUGGAGCAGCUGGUGCAGUGGCAAAUCUUGACCAGGGAAAGCAGUAUCAUUCCCUCUUGCUCAAAUCUAAUUUUGAGCAUGACCUGAUUGUUCAAAACUCACUGAUCUCUAUGUACGCGAAGUGCGAGAUAGAUGAUGCACAUAGUAUAUUCAUGAGCAUGAUAGUUCGGGAUAUUGUUACGUGGAAUUCCAUGAUAAUGGGUUACUCGAACCAUGGGUUGGUGAAUGAGGCUCUGCGUUUUAAGUCCAUGCUAGAAUCUGGAAGCCACCCAAAUUCUACGACCUUCUUGGGGAUUUUGUCGGCAUGUAGUCAUGGAGGGCUAGUUGACCGAGGGUGGGAGGAGUUCAAUUCCAUGAGGGAGGUCUAUGCAAUUACUCCAGGCCUGGAGCACUAUAUCUGCAUGAUUGAUCUCUUGGGCCGGGCAGGAAAACUAGAGGAAGCUGAAGACUUCGUGCUGCGGCUACCUUUCAAACCAAAUUCUUCUGUUUGGGGGGCUCUGCUUGGUGUAUGUGGACUAAAGAAAAAUUCCAAAAUUGCUGCUCGUGCUGCCAAGAAGCUUCUUGAACUGGAUCCUUUAAAUGCACCAGCCCAUGUGGUGUUGUGUAAUGUAUCCGCGGCAAAUGGACAGUACCUUGACGAGAAAAUCCUGAGGAAGGAGAUGGGUCAGAAGGGUGUACGGAAAACUCCUGGAUGUAGUUGGAUACCACUGAAAGGGAGAGUUCAGUUGUUCCUAUCGGGGAGCAAAAUAUCUUUGGAAGCUGAUGAAAUGCUAUCUCUCCUGCUUGGGAAUCUUGAUGAGCGAGACUGUUUUAUGGAUUGCAUCUAAUAACUCCCUGUGUCUAUUCUGAACUGCAUCAGUUAACGGAGUUCUUGUUGAUACACGCUCAGUGGCACUAGUCAUGUAAUAUCAGUCCACAGUUUGCACAUGGGAUAUCAUAUUAAUCGAGAGAAGAUUGAGCUGUUUUGUGAAAGUAUAAGGAGAAACCAGCUGAAUAACGAGGUGUAGAUGUAGCAAAGCAGCCAAGAUCAGAAGUUAUCGCG